AUGCCCGCGGACAGCGUGUUCAUCUCUGUCGAGCCCGGCGAGCACUUCGAUUACGUUUACCGCAUCCCGGAGGACCACAUGCCAGGGACCCACUGGUACCACCCACACAAGCACGGCUCCACUGCCGCCCACGCUGGAGGAGGUGGAGUGGGGAUGAUCAUCGUGCGAGAUCCGCCCGGCACGCUACCAAAGUUCCUCGAGGGGGGCGAAUACGACGGUGAGGGCCCUGUUCCAGAAGUCGAAUUGGUUGUCUUGGGACUGACGGUGCAUGCCAACAAAGGAAGGGCGGAUGACAUGGUCAAGUGCUGCAAGGCGUACAACAACGUGUUGAUGGACUAUACCACAUUGAACAACUCCAUGGCUUGCCGGACGGAAGACAAUCAUAACAGCAUCAUCGAAAGCAUCUGGCAGAGAGACCGCGACAACCUGAAGCUAGCCCUCGCCAACGGUCACAUCGAUGUGGACCAAGCAUGCGAUGACACCAAGGUGUGGCAGAGCCCCUCCGAGCCAGAGAACUUUUUUCUCGUGAACGGCGAGGUGGCCCCGAAGAUCUCGAUCGCCGCUGACGGGUGGGUGCGCUUCCGCAUCGUCUACGCCAACAUCGACAACCAGCUGUACUUCUCGAUGCCGGAAGGCUGCGAGAUGGAGCUCAUCGCCAAGGACGACGCCUUCCUUGGCUCGGGCAAUCGCGCCGACAUACUGGUGAGAUGCGAGAAGAAUCCCCAAUUCGAAGAUGCGCCUCCGAAGAAGACGUGCGCCGUGGACGGCGGCCCGGAGUACAAAGAUUGCUGGGAAUACGAGAUUAAGGCCUGGUAUUAUGACUUCCAUGGAGACUCAACGAGCGAUGUGUGCGACAAUGUCCUUAAUCUCACAGCAGGACAGACCGCAGCGAACAUCACCAACACGUUGAUCAACGCCGCGGAGAUCAGCGCAAACUCGAAGCGUGAUAUUGUUUAUGUUCCUCUCGGAACCAUCCUGGCGAUAGCAGAGGAAGGAGUGUCCCGCUGCGAGCUGCCGGAGCUCAGCGUCAACCACCCGUGCUACCUGGCCGACCUAACCAAGCUGACAGACGAGCAGCUCACCGAACAGGCCGGCUACUUGCCCGAGGGACAACGCCGCUUGCACUUUGGGGCCUACCCCUCCGGCCACACGGAAGGAUGGGGCCCCGGGGGGGGGCACGUCACCCGCACGCACGGCCGCGACGCGCACCAAACCCUCGCCUUAACGUGCACAGAGCCGAAUCCGGACGCCGUCGGAUCGAACGAGUACCUGAUGGAACCCAAGCGCACCUACAGCAUGCCGGUUGGCAGCCUCCAGGAAUUCGAGAUCAAAGGGGUGAACUUCCACGCCUUCCACUGGCACGUCAAUCCGUUCCAGCUGCAAGUCGACUACGACGAGUUUGGUUACCCCGCGGGGCCUGAGGGGACGAGACCCGAGGACCGCGAUUGGAAUCAGGACACUAACGCGGGUCGACCCAAGGCGUUUGAGCGCUCGAAACCCGGGGAGCGCCCAUUCGAGAACUACUUCAAGGUUCGGACCGCAACGUAG